AUGGAGGGAGAUGAGAUUCUUCAGACUUACAAGGAUAAACAAACACUGGCUAAAGUUAUGGAGUUGCAUGAAUUUAUGAAACAGUUCUCUUAUCGAACUAAAAGGUCAAGUGGAAGCAGAUACUAUUUGAUUUGUGUGGUGGAGGACUGUACUUGGUUUCUUCGUUCUUUCAGAAUUAACAAUUCAAAUAUUUUUAAAAUAAGAAAGUAUUAUGACAUUCAUACAUACUCAAUAAAGGAUCAAGUUUAUGAGAGACGUCAAGGGAUGACAAAAGUGGUAGCCGGACUGAUCUUAGGUAAUUAUGUGGAUACCAAAAGAAUAUACACUCCCAACGAUAUUGUUUCUGACAUGAUGAGGGAGCAUGGGAUUUCAUUAGAUUAUCAUCAGGCAUGGCGUGCAAAAAUCAAAGCAGUUAAAAUAUUACGCGGUGAUCCUACUGAGUCAUAUCAAAAGAUACCUGGUUAUUUAUAUAUGUUGAAAAAGCAUUAUCGUGGAUCUGUUGUUAACUGGAAGAAAACCGAAGAAAAUAGAUUCUUGUAUGCUUUUGUUGCAUUGGACGCUUCAAUUCGUGGAUGGAAAUAUUGCAGGUCAAUUGUUGUAGUCGAUGGAGCAGCUCUAAAAUCGCUUUAUGGUGGAACAAUGCUGACUGUGAGCACAAACCAACAUGGCGAGAACUAUUGCUCAUCUUACUACAGCAACAAGAAUUUCAGAGAUGCUUAUGUCAUACCUGUUGAACCUCUUCCUUGUGAAAGUACAUGGAAAAUACCACGUGAAGUGUUGGAUGAAGUUGUAUUGCCACCUGAUUCUAAAUGA